UUGGGAAGCCUGGUAGCAUCUCAAGUUUCGAGCUUCAUUUUUACCCAAACUCCUGGCCUAAUGGAACGCAGUGAUAAGCCUGAUACCAGGAUAAGUUUGAAGAGAAAGUCACCAGAGUGUGAUGAUGAUCCCCUCUCCAACAGUUUUUCUCUGGACGACCUUCCUGAAGACCUCUUUGAAAGGGUUCUUUCACGGCUACCAACUUCCACAUUUUUUCACCUUAUUUCUGUGUCAAAAAGAUGGAGAUCGGUUGCUUUUUCUGCAAGCUUUAAGCUUGCCUGCUCUCUCGUUCCGUCAAGAAAUCCUUGGUUUUUGAUGGUUUCACCCAAUCUCAACCAAUCUGUCAUCUACGAGUCUGCCGAAAACAGUUGGAAAAGGCUCAAUUAUCCAAAUCUUCUACUUGAAGAUUCUAAUCGAAGUUGCAUGCCAGUUGCAUCCUCCGGUGGCUUGAUUUGUUACCGUAAAUUAUCAGGAGACUUCAUUGUGUGCAAUCCCUUGACAAAAUCUUGUAAGGACCUACCUCCAUUGCACAUAACCCCUCAGAAUCAAUCUUUAAAUGCCAUUGUGAUGAGUGCAACUUUCACCUCCUACAAGAUCGUGUUAAUCCAUGGUGAGCUUCCAAAUCUUUCGUUUAUGGUGUAUGAUUCAAAUUCAGUCUCUGGUUGCUGGAAAGAUGAGACUGCAUUGAGGAAAAAGGUCGAUGAUUCUUUUCCAGAAUCUGACUCAACCCAUGACAAUGUCGCUUACUUUGUAAGCAAGGCUGGAUAUGUGGUGGCGAGUGGUAUGCAAUUAGAAAGAAGCCCAUUCAAGCAAUACUCGUCAAUUAUAACUAACAAAGAUGGUCAGGAAGUAGUCUAUUUUCUUAGCUCUUUCGGGACAAUAGUAGCCUGCAAUUUGACAAACAAGUGCUUUUCCGAGUAUCCCAGGUUGUUACCUGUCUUCUGUGAGUACUCCAUUGAUGUCGUGGAGUGCAAUGGUGAGAUGCUAGUUGUUGUAUUAUCAGAAUCCUUGGAGAGUGAGAGUCUUAGGGUGUGGAAGUAUGACGAGGCCAAUCAACAUUGGCACCAGAUUGCUGCAAUGCCUCCGGCAAUGUCCAAUGAGUGGUAUGGCAAGAAGGCUGACAUUAACUGUGUCGGAGCCGGCGGUCGGAUAUUUAUAUGCCUGAACUCCUCGGAUCUAUAUACUUAUGUGCUGUAUGAUUUGGCGAGCAAAACAUGGGUGGAACUACCAAGAUGCUCCAUAAAUGGUGAAAUCAUGGAGUUCAAGUCGGCCUUCUCAUUUGAGCCCAGAAUAGAGGCUUCUGUAUGA